AUGUCAUUUCUCAAAAAAUUUUUUAGAAAAUGUUUAAAAUCUGAAACUUCAUCUGAGUCGCGGUAUAACACAGCAAUUUUUGAAUUCUUAACCGUCCCGGGGUUGAGAAAUACGUCUUUGAUUAACAGCUGUUUUGAAUUUAAAAGACAAUUUUUCAUACUGAGACUGAUAUAA